AUGCUUACAGAUCAUUCCAAGGUCGCCAUUGCGCAGAUUGUCUUCUAUAUCCCUGCCAUAAUAGCCGCCGCGGUCCUACUAUUCCACCGCCAUGGCGCCCCCCGAAUGCCCUGGUAUAUCCUCCAAGUUUUCUGCUUGAUUCGCGUCGCCUGUGCUAUCAUCGUCAUACUCUACGAGAACAGCCCGACAAGCGUCGGCCUCUAUAUCGCCGCCCUGAUCCUUCUCAACGCCGGACUGCUGCCCCUGAUUGCAGCGACUAUUGGUCUUCUGCGGAUAAUUAUCCAUUACGAUUUCAAAAGUAACAAGAGCCUUCGCCUGCCUAUGAGCGUCUCUCGAAUCUUGUUCGUUGUCGGGAUUGCCUUGGUCAUCGCAGGCGGCUCCUUGACCGGGAACUAUACGGACGCGGACUCGGUGAGGACAGGUCAUACACUCACCAAGGCGGGAUAUAUUGUCGUGGCGGUCUUUAUGGCCUGCUUGGUGCUUUUCCAGGGGUAUUUCUGGAGACAGUAUGCCAGUCUGUCCCGGGCGAGUCGAACGGUGCUCAAGGGCAUGGCUCUGGCUGUUCCAUUUCUCAUUGUGAGGAUUGCAUGGCUCUUCCUGUCAAUCUAUCAUCCCGGCGAUGAUAGAUGGAGUAACCUGGGUGGAGCGAUUGGACCUUUUGUGGUCAUGACGGCGCUGAUGGAGUACAUUGUCGUGUGCAUAUACAUCGGGACCGGGUUUCUGAUUCCUGCUACGAGGGGUGUGGCUCGUACUGCUACUGAACAGGAUCAAGAGGCGCAUGAGCCGGCAGUCGAAGGGAGCAGGCAAUACGGGAAGCUCCAUUCUCUUGAGCGGGCGUAG